AAAAAAAAAUACAAAAAUUCCUGAAAGAAAAAGGACUGCCAAAUCUUCUUCUUCUUCUUAUUAAUUACUUUAAUAAAGCGGGGUUAUCCCAGACAUUAAACAUCUCUAUACUUUAUUUGAAUUGCAAGGAUAUUUCUCUAAUCACGGAUUUCAAAGUGAAAACCCUUUCUCUUUGCAUUUCUUUCUGGAAGAAAUGGAAGACAGUUCAAGUUCUCCCGUAUCCCCUGUGGAUAGUUUAGUGACCAGUGAGGAGGAGUUGGACAGACAACAAAGAUUUGGAAAGAAACGGAGAUGCAGCAAAAAGUUUAGUGAAGACAGCAGCCACAGUCCAGGGAAGCGGGGAAAGAAGCCGAGUCCCAGCGCCACCCAGUCCUACGAAGAACUCCAAAACCAGCGAGUCCUGGCUAACGUCAGGGAAAGGCAAAGGACUCAGUCCCUCAAUGAAGCCUUUGCAUCCUUGAGGAAAAUUAUCCCAACUCUGCCCUCUGAUAAACUCAGUAAGAUCCAGACACUCAAGCUGGCUUCCAGAUACAUUGACUUUCUCUAUCAGGUCCUGCAAAGCGACGAGAUGGAUAGCAAGAUGUCAAGUUGCAGCUAUGUGGCGCACGAGCGGCUCAGUUACGCAUUUUCAGUGUGGCGGAUGGAAGGCGCUUGGUCAAUGUCGGCAUCCCACUAGCAGCGAAGUCAUUCAUGGCAUGCUAAGGGACUGUUUGUUUAUUUUCUGAAGACGAUAAAGGAUUUAUUGAAGAACCUAAAGAACCUCAAAAGGAUGGUCAGGAGACUGAACAGGACAGAAGCUCUCAACUCAGAAUACUUACAAAAACGACCACCAGCAACGGCAACUACAAGGACAAACUAAAAGGUGUUGAUUGAUGUCUCCUGCAAAAAAACUUCUUCACAAAGAUGAAUUUAAAUUUUGAAUACCGGUAUGAUGAUUCAGGAAGACUUUCCACCUUUUUGUAUUUUUUUGGUACUUUUCUCUUGUUUUUGUUAAUAUAAAUGUAAAAACAAAUCGAAACAUUGUACAUAACUAUUGGUAUUUGCCAGCUUUCUUUUAAAGGGAACAAUGCAAUCAGAAAAACAUGAAUUAGCAAAAUAUGCUGCAUGGACGCUUGAAACCUCUUUUUUUUUUUUCAAAGCUUUUUCUAUUCUGUUUAUUCGGUUCAGUAUACAUGUUGCUCGUUUUUUAUUUAUUAAAUAUUUAUCAAGCCAAGUGA